AUGACCAAACUGGUUGAUGAAAAUACCACAUUGAGCCAUGAAGAAUCAGAAUACGAAUAUGAUACUGAGUCAGAAAGGAAUGCCGAAGAUUCUUCAUCUGAAGAGGAACAGUCUCUACUUGAGAAUAACAAUCCAAAUAGCAAAUCACAACGGCCAGGGAUUAAAUCGCUCCUUGCGUCAAUGAAGAGAAACUCGUACCAGAAAGUAAAGGAAACGUGA